AGAAGCUUUAAGCAGGAUCGCCAAUAUAAAGUUACGCGUUGUUUUUGAUUUACCUGUUGAGUUGGCAGCAAAAUAAAGAUUGCAAUAGAAAUCGCGUUUUAUUCAUGUUGAUAGAUCAUUGAAAAAUUGCCUGAUUUUAAAACAUCACUUACAAAUUUAAGUAUGAAAAUGUACUGAGAGACCCUGCUCAAACAAUAUUUUUGGGGCCUGUUUUAGAAGAAAAAUGUGGCCACUGCUUUUCUUUUGGGAUGCUGGCUUGAUGAAUGUGUUUCUUCCCACACUAACAGUUAUAUUAAUUUUUAUUUUUACAAUCAAUAUUAUCAAACACUUGACUUCAGAUCUUCACAUUCCAAUCAGGGAUACAUCUAAGCAACACAACUGGCAUCAUGCGAAACUUCUGUCAAAGCCAUGUUACUGCAAUGUCUGUGAAGCACUGAUGGUGACUGGAGAAGGGGCAUACUGUGACUGCUGUGGAGUUUGCGCAGAUAGAGGAUGCAUUAAACCAGCUGAUCAGAAGAUCAAGUGUAAGGUUAUUUCAUCAAGUGACAAAGACCCUAUGAAACAUCAUUGGGUGAAAGGUAACCUUCCACUAGGUGCAUGUUGCUACAUAUGUGUAGAGGAUUGUGGAUCAGAAUAUGGACUAGUGGAUUGGAUGUGCUGUUGGUGCCAACGAACUGUUCAUUCACAAUGCCAUAUUCACAUUGAUGAGGUUUGUGACUUUGGACCAUAUCGUAACCAGAUGAUUCCACCCAGCUGUGUUAUAUUAACUAAGAAACGCAAUAGUAUACGCAAGAAACUCCAACUCCGUGCAGUUAAGUCUCCUGGCUGGAAGAACUGGACACCAAUUAUUGUACUAGCAAACCGCAAGUCUGGUAACAAUGAUGGGGACAUAAUCCUGUCACUUUUUCGACGCCUUCUGAAUCCUGCACAAGUAGUGGACUUGGCAGACCAUUCACCUGAGGCUGCAUUAGAGUGGUGUUCUCUUCUGGGAGAGGUUCGAACCACAGUACUUGUAGCUGGAGGAGAUGGAACUGUUGGCUGGGUUCUGAAUGCUGUGAAUAAAUUGCAGUUAAAGCCAGGUCCAGCAGUGGCCAUUCUACCAAUAGGAACAGGGAAUGAUCUGUCCCGUGUUCUGGGCUGGGGCAAGGAAUAUCAUCCUGAUUUUGACCCAGUCUCGGUACUUGAACAAGUACAGAAUGCCCAACUUGUGCAUCUAGACAGAUGGAACAUUGAAGUGCGUCCAUACCGCCAUCUGGGUAUAUAUCUGCCAGUACGGAAUAUGUUCAUGUACAACUAUCUGAGUGUAGGGGUGGAUGCCCAAGUUACUUUAGAUUUCCACCGUGCUCGUGAGUCUCCCUUUUACAUUAUCAGCAGUCGUUUGAUCAAUAAGAUGUUAUAUUUAACAUAUGGGACACAACAAGUGAUGGAGCGAGAAUUCCGAGACUUGGACCAGCGCUUAGAACUUUAUCUUGAUGGUGUGCGUGCAGAACUUCCUUCCAUUGAAUCAAUUGUGGUACUUAACAUCCCAUCAUGGGGUGCAGGUGUUGAUCUCUGGAACAUGGGUGCAGACAUUGAGAGUGUUCCCACACAGAGCUACAGUGACAACAAAUUGGAGGUGGUUGCUUUGUAUUCCUCAUUCCACAUUGCACAGCUUCAGGUUGGACUCUCGCAGCCACACAGAGUGGGACAGGCCUCCUCUGUUCAGAUCAAAUUAAAGGCUAUGACGCCAGUUCAAGUAGAUGGAGAACCAUGGGAACAGCACCCUGCAGAUCUGAAUAUAACAUUUCAUAACCAAGCAACAUUACUCAGAUACACAGAAGAGGCAGAAUGAACAGUUGCUGUAAGAUUUGAGGUUUUCACAGCGGUGAGUAUGAAGAUUUCUGUCUUCUGGGUUGUUGCGCUGUGUAGUCUGGUCAAUGUUAACCCUCGCCCUGAUGACGGAGGCAGUAUGACCUCUGAAACGUUGGUUAACGUUGACCAGACUACACAGCGCAACAACCCAGAAGACAGAAAUCUUUAACAGUUGCUGUGUUAACCACAUUCCACAUUACGCUAAGUGUGGUGAUGUAUGUACUCUUGUAACACUUUCAUCAUAUGUGUUGAUAUUGUAUACUGGAUGUUAUUUUACUACUAGCUUUACAUAUCAUGGAACGUUGUUAAUGUUGUUAAUGUUUUGUGGCUGUAAGUUUUGUAAUGUUGGAUAGAUAUAUUUUUUUAGCCUUGAUGUUUUUAUCAUCAUUUUAAAUGUUACAUGUUAUAACUCAUAGUUUAAAGUAAGUGUACUAGAAUGGGGUAUGAAUUUAAAAGUAUUAUUCUGAUGUGAAUUUAUUCCAUUCACUGCUUUCCAGGAAUAUAGUACCAAACAAUAGCACAUAAUACGAUAUUUAUAGUAAUGGCUGAGGGCUGAACAAUUCACUGAACUGAAAAUGAGUGGUGGACAAAAACCAUAGUGUAAAAUUCAGUAGGUGUACCAGUAUUCAGAUUUUAAUGUCACAUACAGAAUUUUGUAUGUGAGUAAUAAACAGGAAUUUGUAGCUUUCAGCUGUGUUGUCCUAAUUACUACCUAGAAAUUGGAAUUCCCAUAUUUCAUGUGAAGCAACUGUACCAGGACUUUGGUUAGGUAGAUUGUAUUUCUCAGUACAAGGUACUGAAAUAACAAAACAGACAGCAGCAGCUGAUAUUUCCCUUAAUGUUAAUUAUAAUAUUACUCAAUGGAAGAAAUUGAAAAUAAAGAUCUAUUGUAUCUAAGGUCAUUUUCUCAAGUUCUAUGUAGUUGCAUAUUCUGUUCUGCUCAUGGCAUACUAUUAUGUAGUAUGCUUACUUAUCACAGGCUCAUUAUUUCUUUAGAAAGUAAGAUACCAAUAUAUACAUGAAAACAGUAUGAAGUUUCUUUUUAAAAUUUUUCAUACAAAAAUCAGCCUUUAAAAUACUGAAAUCAACAUACUGUUCUUAAUAAGUCAGAACAGUAAAAAUAAUAUAUCUUUCAGUAAGUUUUUUUUUAUCAAAGGUUGUAUUACCAAAUAUUGUGGUAUGCAGGAAUGAUGUAAACAGUGUGUAAAGAUUUUGGAUUAAAAGUUGCUUUAGGUAUGAUUAUGAAAAUAAAUCAGAAUGGAGGGGCCAUGGAAAAGAUAAAAUAUAGUAGCUACUUGAAAUCUGUACUUAGCUUUUGGUUUCAUAAUAAUAACUAAUGAAUCACUGGA